AUGCCUUCCUCAGACCCGGAGCCCAACUCGAUAGUUGUUGAGAAGACAGCAGAUGGCGUCACUACCAUCGGAAUCAAUAGACCCGGCAGAAGAAACGCCAUCAAUCCGCCAACCGCCACGAAAUUACGAGCAGCCUUUCUUGACUUUGAAAGGGACUCGAGUCAGAAAAUAUGCGUCUUCCACGGCAUUGGCGGCACUUUUUGCUCUGGCUUUGACCUCAGUGAGCUCAGGAAAUGGGAUAAACCGACAGAGAGCAGGGAUGCAGCCUCUAAACCCGAGAGCAGCGACGGCACCAACAGCAGCAGCCACAAUAACGGUGGCAAGAGCAGCAUCACUCGCACACACUUUAAGCCAGUAAAGGGCAGAAACGAAGCACCGCUAGGGCCGGGACGAAUGCAGAUCGAGAAGCCCGUCAUUUGCGCUAUCUCAGGCCAUGCUGUUGCUGGAGGAAUGGAACUAAGUUUGCUAGCCGACAUCCGGGUGGUCGAAGAGGACGCUAUCUUCGGGAUAUUCAGUCGACGCUUUGGUGUGCCCUUGCUCGAUGGCGGUACGGUCCGGCUCCAGGAAAUCAUUGGCCUAGGCAGAGCACUGGAUAUCCUUCUCACGGGCCGGCCAGUGGGCGCGACUGAGGCCCUGCAUAUAGGACUGGCAGCCAAAGUGGUCCCGAAGGGAGACGCCUUCCAGGAAGCUAUGAAAAUGGCUCGCGCAUUGGCAGCGGUACCACAGGAAUGUUUGAACGCGGACCGGAAGGCAUGCUACCACGCAGCGUAUAACUCUCCCUCAUUUGAAGACGCGCUGUCGUAUGAGUUCGAGGAGGCUGUCAAGGUCAGCGACUUGGCUAUCAAGAAGGCCAUGAAUUUUAAUAAACGGGAGAAAGCAAGGCUAUGA